GGUUUCGGAGCAAGUUGUCAAAAAAUUAUUCGUAAAUAAAAAUUUAUAAAAAUUUGGUACGAUGAGCAUGGCAUUCAAUUGGCGACUGCGCUGCCAAACGCUGCGUUUUAUGUCUAAAGAGCUGAGCAGCUACAAACAUGCAAAGAUAUCGAUGAGCAAAACCUUGAGAAAUACCACACCCGAAGCUUAUUGCACCUUGCGUGAGGUGUUGGUGAAACAGGAUCGAGCACAGGCUUUUGGCUACAAUGUGCAGUUGAAUGAAAAGGAAACUGCAGCCAAUGAAGUGAUAAUGAAGCAGAAGCUUAGAGAGCUCGAGAAAGGUUUUCUUGAUCCCGCAAAGUUUGCGCCAGGUCAUCAUAUCUUUGAGGUAUUGAAAGAGGUGGAAAAAUCCAAACUUUUUGCCAUGUUGAAGACCAUGCCCAAGGGUGGCAUAUUGCAUGCCCAUGAUACAGCGCUCUGCAGCACAGAGUUUCUCAUCAGGCUGACCUAUCGCCCGGACUUGUGGAUAUGCACCACAGACGAUGGUUGCAAGGCCAUUGCGUUUCGCUUUUCCAAAGAGCAGCCGACUAUGAAAGCCCUGUCCGAUUGUAAUUGGGAGCCCAUGUGCGAGUUUAGGCAGCGUCGUGGCGAGGAAAAUGUUACCAAGUAUCUCUAUCGUCGCUUCAGCAUGUAUCCCUAUGCCAGCUUUGCUUCCAAUAACGAAGCUUGGAAUCAUUUUAUGGGCAUUUUUAUGCUGCUCGAUGGGCUGCUUAUGCAUGCGCCUGUCUGGGCAGAUUAUUAUUAUAAUGCCCUGCAAGAGCUCAAAGCAGAUGGUGUACAGUAUUUGGAAUUACGUUCAUUGCUGCCAGAUCUUUAUUGCAUUGAUGGUCAGCAGUUGAAAAUUAACGACACCUUGGCCAUAUAUAAAACACAGACUGAUGCGUUUCUGCAGCAGAAUCCAGACUUUAUAGGUGCCAAGCUGAUAUAUGCGCCACUGCGUGGUGUCGAGCCUCAAGUAGUGGAGGAAUAUGUGCAAAAGUGCACGGCGUUAAAGCAAGAAUUUGGUGACUUUCUCGUAGGUUUCGAUCUGGUGGGUCAAGAGGAACUGGGACGUCCCUUAAUAGAUUUCAUAGAACCCUUGCUCAAAAUGCCCGAAGACAUAAAUUUCUAUUUCCAUGCUGGCGAAACCAACUGGUUUGGCACUUCCAUCGAUGAGAAUCUUAUAGAUGCCAUUUUGCUGGGCACCAAGCGCAUUGGUCAUGGCUUUGCCUUGGUUAAACAUCCAUUUGCCAUGGAGCUAUGCAAGAGUCUCAACAUUGCAGUUGAAGUGUGUCCCGUUUCGAAUCAAGUGUUGCAAUUAGGCAGAGACUAUCGUAAUCAUCCAGCGGCUACGCUUAUAGCGCAGAGUGUGCCCAUUGUUAUAUCCUCAGAUGAUCCUUCGUUCUGGCGUGCGUCGCCACUUACGCAUGAUUUUUACUUUGCCUUUCUGGGCAUAGCGCCAGCUAGAGCGAAUCUAAAGUUUCUCAAACUGCUAGCGCUGAACUCUAUUAGCUACAGUGGUCUCUCGCCUGAAGAAAAGUCAGUUGCCAUGCAGAAAUGGCAAGCACAGUGGGAUAAAUGGAUGAUAAUAAGUACAGCAGUAGUUUAUAUUGUAUUAUUAUUUAUAAGUGCCAUAGUUUAAA